UGGUUUGCGCCGAUCAGUUCACACGUAUUUUCAUAUUGUCUCAUCUCUCAUAUUGUAUUGACAUGCCGUUUCGAAAACGUCGAAAAACCUAUCCAGCUAAAACUAAGCUGGUACAAGGCCCAAAGCCUGCCACCAGUUACCCUGAUCAAUCCAGCCCAAGGCCAGCAACCACCUCAGACUCAACCUGCCAGGCCAGUCAGGGUAGCCCCAAGGAUCAGAAGGUAAACAGCAGGAAGAGGCCUGGCCAGUAUUGCCCACUGCCACAGCCUGCGCCCCCCGCAAGGUCAGGGUCCACUGUACCAAAGCGCAAGAGGGAGUUCAGUUCUAAUGAAGGAGCUGAGGUCCAGCCACCAAGGAGACCCGCUGCUCAGGCAGCAGGUGAUGGAGUCUCUGCAGUGACCUCAUCAGAUGCAAAGAGGAGAUGUGCUGAACCCCCCCAAGCAACCUUCACUUCCAGCUACUCAGUUGGAGAGCUGCUGGGUUCUGGAGGAUGCGGAUCUGUCUAUGCAGGAAUAAGGAAGUCUGAUGGACAAGAGGUGGCCAUUAAGUACAUCCAAAAAACUAAAGCAAAAAAAUACAUUAUCAUGCAUGGUGAUGGCAGGCGUCUUCCUCUGGAGGUGGCCCUGAUGACUAUGGUCUCUAAGCCGUCAUCAUGCCUUAAUGUCCUGAAGCUGCUGGACUGGUUUGAAGAGCCUCUCCACUACAUACUGGUCUUGGAGCGCCCCAGUCCCUGUUCCGACCUCUUUGAUUUCCUCGGGAUGUUUGAUGGCCGAUUAUCUGAGAUACAAGCCAGGCAGAUCAUGAGGCAGGUUGUUGAAGCCCUGAUUCACUGCCGCAAUUGUGGCGUUUUCCACCGCGAUGUGAAAUCAGAAAAUAUCCUGGUCAACCUCAAUGAUUGGACAGUGAAACUUAUAGACUUUGGCUGUGGGGAUCUCUACCAAAACAGCCCCUAUUGUAACUUUGCUGGCACCUGGGCAUACUGUCCACCCGAGUAUUUUCUGAAUGGGAGUUACGAGGCUUGCCCUGCCACCACAUGGUCUCUGGGAGUGCUACUCUUUGAUCUGGUCUGUGGUGACUUGCCAUUUAAAAGCAGAGGAGAAACCAUUCUCAAUCAGCCAAAGUUUACUGCGGGUCUGUCCAAAGAGUGCCAUGACCUCAUCAAUUGGUGUAUGAGCACGAACCCCCUUGACAGACCAGUCCUGGAGGACAUUCUAACACACAGCUGGCUGUCAGGACAGAACCUGUUUUAAGAUACCACAAGCAGAGAGAGGAGCUUCAGAGUUGAACAGGGAAGGGUCACACCACAAGUGAAGCUACUCUUUGACACCAGCAUCCACUAGGCCACCAGGACCUUUAGUUGCACUAGACCAUGAGGGCCUUGAGUUCCACUAGACCACCAGGGCCUUGAGUUCCACUAGACCACCAGGGCCUUGAGUUUCGCUAGACCACCACAGCCAUGAAUUUCGCUAGGCCACCAAGGCCUUGAGUUCCGCUAUAGACCACCGGAGCCUUGAAUUGCACUAGACCACCAGGGCCUUAAGUUCCACUAGACCACCGAGCCUUGAGUUUCGCUAGACCACCACAGCCUUGAAUUUCGCUAGGCCACCAAGGCCUUGAGUUCCGCUAUAGACCACCAGGGCCUUGAGCUUCGCUAGACCACCAAGGCCUUGAGUUUCGCUAGACCACCAGUGCCUUGAGUUCCGCUAGACCACCAGGGCCUUGAGUUCCGCUAGACCACCAGUGCCUUGAGUUUCGCUAGAUGACCAGGGCCUUGAGUUCCACAAGACCACUAGAGCCUUGAGCUGAACUAGAUGACCAGGUCCUUGAGUUGCACUAGAUGACCAGGGCCUUGAGCUGAACUAGAUGACCAGGGCCUGGGGUUUGUUUGCUGGCUCUCUUACUCCUUCUGAUACAGUAGACUAAUACACAUACCAUCCAGGAGUGCAGCUCAGUUAAACUUAGGGUCAUCAUCUAUAUCAUCUGCACACAACUUCAAAGCAGACUCAGUGGGACAGGGUGAUAUAGACUGAGCUUUCUCACUGGCCCUAUACGAACAAUCAUUGAUAGGGAUGGAUUUCCAUGGACACAGGAUAGGGAUUGUCUCCCCAACAUUGGACCUGUGUUGAGCAGCAGGGAUCUUACACAUGAUGAUGGAAUCUGGA